CUGCGGCCGGCCGGCGCAACGACGGCCCAACGCAACGACUUUUUGCCUGCGUCGAGGCUGGCGUGUGCCUCGCCUUGCCUGCUCUCCCAGACACUCUUAAGACGGGCCCAGAGAGCACUCUCCCCCGUCCUCUCCAUCUCACUACGCCUUGUGCGACCGACGACGCGCACCGCACUUAAAAGAGACCUAGGUCCCUUGUAGUAGUCCGUCUGCCACACGCCCACCCCCACCCCCCACAUCUCAUCACACACCAUGUCGUUCCCCCCCGACCUGCACGACUCGGACAGACUGCCCGACGCCGGGCCCCGUGACAUUGACUUUCACACCGAGCACCCCCUCUUCAACGACCUGUGCCCCCAGGACUCGUACACGCCUGAUGGUACCUACUGGGCCGACCUCCCCUUCGGCGAGCGCCAGAAGUGGGUCAACGCCCAGUCCAACGCCGAGGCCAAGCGCGAGCUCCAGGUGCUCGGCGCCAUGUUCAAGAAGGACCCCCUCUCGCCCAUGCGCGCCUACUUUGACCGCUACGUCGUGACCGGUUUCGGCAUGUUCACCGAGGGCUACACCAUCUUCUCGAUCGGUAACCUCUCGUCUCUCUACUCGUCGAUCUGGCCCGAGUGCUGGUCCAAGCACACGGUCUGUGACGCCAACUGGGUCGCCGGUGUCUCGUACAUCCAGAUCAUCGGUAUCAUCUGCGGUCAGAUUGGUGUCGGUAUCGAGGGUGACUGGAUCGGUCGUCGUGUCGGUCUUGUCCAGGACGCCCUCGUCAUGACUCUCGGUCUCGUCAUGCUUACCGCUUCGUGGGGCACCACCCUCAACGGUUGGGUCAUCUGCUACGCCUGGUCCCAGUUCGUCUACACCCUCGGUGUCGGCGGCGAGUACCCCAUGACCUCGACCACCGCCCUCGAGCACAAGCCCGCCUCGGGCUCGUCGCAGACUGACGACAAGCUCCACCGUGGACGCAACGUCGUUCUUGCCUUCCUUAUGCAGGGUUGGGGCCAGCUCCUCAACCAGGGUCUCCUCAUCCUCCUUCUGCUCAUCCUCCACGGUGGCUCGACCCCCCCUUACUCGAAGAAGACGGGCCAGUGGGUCUUCCGUCUCUCGUUCGCCUUCAUGCUUCCCUUCACCCUCUGGAUGGCCUACCACCGUUACUACAAGCAGGUCUACUCGUCGACUGCCCUCGCCCGCUCCAAGAAGAACGCUCGUGUCAACCAGUCGGGCUACGACCUCGCGUCGCUCAAGCUCGUCUCGACCCACUUUGGUGGCCGUCUCUUCGGCACCUGCAUGAACUGGCUCACCGCCGACUUCCUCUUCUACGGUGCCAAGCUCUUCGCCUCCAAGUUCAUCGCCGUCAUCUCGCCCAACGCGAAGGGUGUCAUGACCGGCUGGCUCUGGAACCUCCUCAACGUCGGUGUCUCGCUCGUCGGUUACUACCUCGCCGCCUUCCUCGUCGACCACAAGUUCUACGGCCGCAAGCGCAUGCAGUACAUCGGCUUCCUCUGCUGCGGUAUCCUCUACCUCCUCCCCGCCAUCUGGUACAACGAGCUCCGCUCCAAGAAGCAUAUCCAGGGCUUCCAGACCAUCUACUUCCUCGCUUCGUUCUUCCAGCAGUUCGGCCCCAACUGCACCACCUUCCUCCUCGCCGCUGAGAUCUACCCCGUCUCGGUCCGUGCCACCGCCCACGGUCUCUCGGCUGCCUCGGGCAAGAUUGGUGCUCUCCUCCCCGCCGUCAUCUACAACUACGUUGCGGACCACACCAAGUUCUGGAUCGUCUGCUGGUUCGGUUUCGCCGGCUGGAUCAUCACCCUCCUCUUCACCCCCGACGUUACUGGCCUCGACCUCCGUGAGCAGGACCGCUACUGGGCCUUUGUCCGUGAGGGCCGCGCUGGCGACUACCACGGUAUUGCCGUCCACCCCCGCCACCUUUCGUGGUUUGAGCGCUUUAUCCUCAAGCGUCAUCUUGCCUACGACCCCGAGCUCGACCGCCAGCAGCGUGUCAAGGAGCUCCGUGUCAUGUGGGAGGCCCGCCAGGCCGCUGCCGUCAAGGAGCAGACUGGUGUCGACGCCAUCCCCGCCCACGAGGACGACGAGCUUUCCUCGACUGCCCACUCGUUCUUCGAGCGCGAGAUCCAGACUGCCGAGAAGCGUGUUGGCCUCCGCCCCGAGUAAAUUCAUAAUAGAUACAGCAUCAGGACCUAAUCGGGCCGCGAAGCGGCCAUGCAUCAUAUAGAGAAAUGA